AUGAUGGUUUCAGUCAAUAAAGUGCCUGUCAAGGACAGGACUGUCUAUCUCACAGUUGACGUUGAUGAUGUGGAGACAACCACUUCCUAUGUCACAGAUGAGAAUGGUGAAGUCUCCUUCUCCCUGGACACAACCAAGUGGCACGACAUGGUUUCCAUAAGGGGUAGAUACAGCCUUGAGAAUGUGACUGGCUUUGAGAGUCUUAUGAUGUCGGAAUCCGAAAGUUUCAUGUGGCUGCAGCCCUUCUACUCUGAGAGCAAUAGUUUCCUGGAGAUCCAGCAUGUGGAGGAAGAGCUGCCCUGUGGAAAAGACCAGGAAGUCCUGGUGGAUUACAUCAUAGACCGGAAAGAACUGGGCCCUGAUGCUGACCAUGUAGAUUUCUAUUAUUUGAUUGUGUCCAAAGGGAAGAUUGUCUCCAGUGGACAGAAGACCGUUCCUGUUGGCCAGGAUGAGACUCUGAAAGGCACCUUCUCCCUCACCUUGUCUACGAGCUCUGACCUGGCACCCACAGUCAGGCUUCUUCUGUACACUGUGUUUCUGGAUGGCGAGGUGGCGGCUGACGUGGAUCAGUUUGAGAUACAGAAGUGCUUCAAACAUAAGGUGACUUUGGACUUCUCUGCGGAGGAGGAGCUUCCAGGAUCAAAAGUCAGUCUGCAAGUCGAGGCUGCUCCUGGUGCUCUGUGCUCUCUCCGUGCUGUCGACAAGAGUGUCCUCCUGUUGGAAGAUGAAACGCUGACACCAAAGAAAGUGUUCGGUCAUUUUAGUUAUGAUUUCUUGUAUUUAACUUCUGGAAGAGGAUUUCCCUAUCGCUUGGAAGACUUUGAGCCAUAUCCUUGCCUGCCUCCUCUGGCUCCAAGCCAAAAGCAAAAGAGGGCCCUGAAGGGAGCCCAUUGGGCUCAGAGUGAGGCCGAUGUUUUUAGCCUGUUCAAGCUUAUGCGAAUGAAAGUUUUCACCAACAUGCAAGUUAAAAAGCCUGUUUCCUGUGACCUGCCAGUAACAAGACGUUUAAAAAGUGGCUUUGAAACAGGCCUGCUCACAAGUGGUCAGCAUGAGAAUGUGAUUUCCGAGAAGCCUCAGGCUGUUGAUUCUACAGAAAGCAAGAAGGAAGAGAAAGCUAAACCCAGGACACACUUUCCAGAGACCUGGGUCUGGGAUUUAGUAUCAGUGAAUGAGGAGGGGAAGGCAACUCACUCGGUCACUGCUCCGGACACGAUCACGGAGUGGAAUGCUGAUGCCUUCUGUGUGGCUGACAUUGGCUUCGGACUCUCCCAACAAGCCAAGUUCCGGGUCUUCAAGCCGUUUUUUGUGGAUCUGAGCCUGCCGCAUUCUGUGGUCCGUGGGGAGACCUUGCUGCUAAAGUCCACUGUCUUCAAUUACAUGAAGGAAUGUAUCCAGGUGAGAGUGAAGCUGCUGGAGUCGCAGGAGGUGGACGUGAAGCCAUGCCCGGCCUGCCAGUUCAGCACCUGCCUCUGUGCUGAGGAGGCCCACACCUUCUCCUGGAACGUGACGGCGACUCAGCUGGGGCACGUCAAUCUCUCGAUCACCGCCGAGGCAGAGGAGACGCAUGAGCUGUGUGGCAAUAAGAUCUCCACCACACCUGCGCGAGGCCAGUCAGACACAGUGGUCAAAUCCCUGCUGGUCAAGCCAGAAGGCGUCCUUGAAGAAGAGACCCACAAUGCCUUCCUCUGCUCUUCAGGGGACCCAGUUCAUGAUGAGGUUUCCCUAAAGCUGCCUGAAGCUAUUGUGGAGGGCUCUGGCCGAGCUACUGUCUCCUGCAUUGGGGACAUUAUGGGCACAUCAAUACAAUAUAUAGACCUUCUGAUUCAGCGACCCCUGGGCUGCGGUGAGCAGAACUUGAUGAAGUUUGUUCCUAACAUUCACAUACUCCGGUACUUGGAGAAGACCAACCAGGCAACCCCCACCUUCAAAGAGGACGUAAUAAAGUACAUACAGAGUGGGUAUCAACGCCAGCUGCUCUACAAGCGCGAUAACGGCUCUUACAGUGCCUUUGGGAUGCAUGAUGCUGAGGGGAAUACUUGGCUGACGGCUGCUGUGGUUAAGGGUUUUGGCCAUGCCAAGACUUAUGUCUAUGUUGAUGAGAAGCACAUUCAGGAUGCUGUGCGUUGGUUGGGGCAGCACCAACUUCCCAGUGGCUGCUUUGAAAGUGUGGGAAGAGUCUUCAACAAUGCCAUAAAGGGUGGCGUGGAUGAUGAGAUUUCACUAACAGCUUACGUUGCUGCCUCACUGCUGGAGCUCAACAUGAAGGAGAAUCGUGCAAUGGUAGAUGAUGCCUUGGGCUGCCUGAAGAGGAACUUGACUUCUGUGGACGAUGCCUACCGCAAGGCCUUAAUGGCUUACGUCUUCACGUUGUCUGGGGACACAGAGAUACGGCAGAACCUCCUGACAGACUUGCGUGAAGGGGCUGACAAAACAGAUGGAAUUGUAUCCUUCUUAGAUGUAGAAACAACAGUCUACUAUCUGCUGUCUCUCCUCAGCACACCUGAGGUGUCCACAGAUGUCCUCAACCAUGCCUCUGAAAUUGUGCCUUCUCUCACCAGCCUACAGAAUCUUUAUGGAGGACUUUCAUCCUCACAGAACACAGUGAUUGCCCUGCAGGCUUUAUCCAAGUAUGCAGCCUUGACCUAUCGUGAGGCAGAAGAUGUGAAGGUGCUGGUGAAAUCCAGUGGGGGUUUCCAGCACGAGUUCCACGUGGGCAAGAAGAACCGGCUGGUGUUGCAACAGGCCCCUCUUGCAGAGAUUCCUGGUCAAUACAAGCUGGAGGUGUCAGGGAACGGCUGUGCCUAUGUGCAGACUACUCUUCGAUACCACAAAGAGCCUCCACCGCCGGAAGCUUUUGCUCUGAGUGUAGAGACAUCACCAGAGGAAUGCAACCAGACUACCAGGAAAUAUUUUGAUGUUCAUGUACAAGUCAGCUACACAGGGGGGCGCAAUGAAACCAACAUGGUCCUGAUAGAGGUGCAUAUGCUGUCUGGGUAUAUCCCUGUGAAGAAGUCUGCGAAGCAGCUCCUAAUGAAGCCCCUCGUCAAAAAGGUGGAGUUUGAGCCUGACAAGAUCCACAUCUACCUGGAUCAGCUGGAUAGUGAAGUUCAAAACUACAGUGUGUCUGUGGAACAAGAAACAGAAGUGAUGGAUCUAAAGCCAGCAAUAGCAAAAGUGUAUGAUUAUUACCAUCCAGAAGACAGUGCGGAAGUUGACUAUAACACUCCCUGCAGCACAGAGAGCACAAAGAAAGACCACCACUAGCUCUGCAUCCGAGGCGUGAAGCAAACCCAGAUGAACAGCACAAUUGCUGCAGGAGAUCUCCCAUCUUAGGUCAUUGUUUUGAGUCUGCUUUGUUAGGUCAUGUACAGAUGAUGUCUUGGCUCCAAAGAUCACUGUGUGCAAGCACAAAAGCA